AAAGUGUGAUAUCAGCCAGUUUGAUUUAACGUGGUGUGGGGGGAGGUUUCGGCGUUGAGAAAGGAAAGAGGCCAAACUAGCGUAGAAAGUGACUUGAUCCAGUUCUGACUUAAGAUUACCAUGGGUGAUUUUGAAAAGGGUAAAAAGACCUUUGUUCAGAAAUGUGCGCAAUGCCACACAGUUGAAAAAGGUGGAAAGCACAAGACAGGCCCUAACCUAUGGGGACUCUUUGGCCGGAAAACAGGACAAUCUGCAGGAUUUCCUUAUACAGAAGCAAACAAGAAUAAAGGUAUUGUCUGGAAUGAAAAUACACUGAUGGAAUAUUUAGAGGACCCAAAGAAAUAUAUUCCUGGAACAAAAAUGGUUUUUGCUGGCAUUAAAAAUAAAACUGAAAGAGCAGAUCUCAUUGCAUAUUUGAAAAAGGCAACUUCAUCAUGAAACAUUGCAGUUUCUAAAUACCAGAAUAAUUCAUAAUCUGGUGUUUUAUUAUUGUUCUGGCAGGGGUUCAUUAGAUGUUGCU